AUGAAAUCAGACGAAAGAUCCAGAGUAAAACAUAAUUAUUCAUCGAAUCCAAUAUGGAUGCUUGGAGUAGAAUAUAAAUUUACAGGUAAAAUUAAAGAUCUCCUGAUAGAAUGUUCACGAUUCUUGAUUUUAUGUAUAAUUGGAUCAAGUCAAUUUUGUAAAUAUGUAUGCCUCUUAGAGGACGGCGGAACGAUCAAUCUUCCGAAACCCGACAGAGGAGAGCAUGCUCGAGGCGGCCGGGCGUCAUCUUUAUUGAAUUUUAUAAUGUUCGGUUCAUCGGAAGAAGAUGAAGAUUAUAAUGAUGUACCAAGUAUCCACGAACGCCACCAUAGUGAUGAUUUGAUUCGUACACAUAAUUUUGGCAAUCAAAAUGUAAUUAAGCGAUUAAGGUCAUUUUCAUUUUCUUAUAAAUCAUCGGAUCAAAAAACACCUACUCCAGAAUCUUCCCCUCCAAAAAAUGAAAAUCGUAUUAUGCUAAAGUCAAGAAUAAGGCCACUUUCUUCUAGUAAAAAACAAGAGUUGUCUGAUUCAUUAAAUUAUGAAUCAACGUCUAAUUUGCAAAAAGAUGUGGUAUCGACAUCAGUGUCUCGAACGAACAAUUCUAAUCAAUCGCAAAAUGCUCGACGAUUUUCUAUGAGUCCAAGUUUUUUACGUUCAUUUUCAAUUGGUUCAAAUUCAUCAUCGAACCACCAAGAAAAUUCAAGUCCCAAUUCACAGGUUCAAGGUAAUCUUUCACCAAAAUCUAAAAAGCAUAGAAGAAAGACUUUUGGCGCAAGGUUCUCUGGUAGAGAAAAGAAUAAAUAUAGUAGUUCCUUACCAAUACCACAGCUUUAUCCACAUUUGGAAACAGAAACAGAUUAUGAAUCAAAAUUUUCACAUGAUUCAGGAUUAAAACGAACAAGUUUUGAAGAUAUAGAUGUCUCAAGAAAAAAUAGAGAAGUCAUAUGUCCUGAAGACUUAUGUUUUAGUUCAGAAGAAGAAAGUAAUAGUAGUGAAACAAUAUCUAAACCUGGAGAAUUAGAUGUAGAAGCAUUGUCUGGCGACAAUAUUUCUGUUGAAACUGUGACACGUGAAUCAAUGAAGUCAUCAGAUUAUCUUGGAGUUUAUACAUCUAAAAAUAAUAAUGAUUUACCUAAAGACAUUGACAUUUCUAAAGAUGUCUCAAAUAAUUUACAAAAUGAUCGGUCAAUGAUAUCAAUUCAAACAGAUAUGUGGGGUUCUCAAAAAACAGAAACAGGAUCAGUAAGGUCUUCAGGUUCAGUAAGAUCUUUACCUCCAACUCCAACAAGUUUAUAUAGGCCUGAUUCGCUUGGACCAUUAACUAAUGACCAGCAAAAGUUAUUAGAUUUCUUGUUGGAUUUUCAGUCAAGGAUAUUUUGUUGUUAUCGAAAAGAAUUUCCUCCAAUUGAACCCGCAUUUCAUACCACAGAUACAGGUUGGGGUUGUAUGCAUAGAACUGGUCAAAGUUUAUUAGCACAAGGAUUUUUAUGGGUUUUAUUGGGAAGAGACUGGCGGUUACACAAUCUACAGACAGAAUCUGAUAUAUUAAUAUAUAGAAAGAUUUUGCGUUGGUUUAUGGAUGGACCUGAAUCAGAACAAUAUUAUUCUAUCCAUAAUAUUGCCCGUGUAGGGGUUUCAUUGGAUAAAAAAAUCGGUGAUUGGUUUGGGCCGGCCACAGUGGCUCAUGCAUUGAAGCGAUUAUCAAUGGCUCAUAAAGAGUGUCCAUUGGUUAUUUACGUGCCAACAGAUAAUACAAUUUAUCGUAGUGAAGUUGUUAAUGCUGCUAUGGAAAGUUGUGACGCUAUUCCUGAUCAAAAACCGUGGAAGCCGGUUCUCAUUUUGCUUUCUAUAAGGUUGGGAACAGAUAAACUUAAUCCAAGUUAUUCAGAUAAUUUAAAGUUAUUGUUUAAGUUCCCUCAAUUUUUGGGAAUUUCUGGCGGUAGACCCGGUAGAUCAUUGUAUUUUGUAGCGUUUCAAGAUGAUGAGUUAUUGUAUCUUGAUCCUCAUUUUGUACGACCUGCUAUAAAUCUCAAUAAAAUUACAGAAUUUCCAAUCGAGGAUUACCAUUCUACUAUUGUUAGGACAAUGGAUAUAUCGGAAAUGGAUCCUUCGAUGUUGUUGGGAUUUUUAUGUCAAAGUUCCCAAGAUUUCGAUCAAUUAUGUGGUCGAGUCGAAAGAGAGAUGAAUUCACAAUACCCAUUAUUCACAAUAUUAAAUGCAUGUCCUAUUCCAGGAUCAUGGUCAAGAAAAAAAUCCUUGAGUGAUGUUUCGAUUAGUGAUAGAUCUGUGAGUGACAUGUCACCUUCUAUAAUUAUUGAGACAAUUGAUGAUGUAGAUGAAGAUGUAGAGGAUUUCAAAGAUAUAACACAUGAAGAGGAUGAUGGUGUUAUAAGUGCGAAAGGGGAUGAUGAAAUAAUAUUUGAAGAACAAAGUGACAACAGUGAAGUCAAUAUGGAUUUAGGACCGGGUCUCAUACUUAGCGGUCCCAUAAUAUUGCCCAAUUUUACAAAUUUAUUGAUAAGUGAUUAG